AAAUUAUAACUGUAAUGCGGCAGCUUUGGUUUUAGAGAAGCAAGGAUAGGACUAAUUCAGUGUAAGAAAGGAGAUGGUUAAUAAUAGGAAUUUAUGAUCAUCAUCAGGUUUUUGCAAUCAUUCUCUCAGUGAAAGUGUUUCUUUAUCGGAAGGAAGUUAUUUAUUGUAUGAUUCAAGAUUAUAAAACCCUCAGAGGAAAACCUGACGUGGUUUUGCUAACCCUUUGGUUUGUGGACAACCCACUGUUCCUACUGAGCUACAGCCACCCUCAAGGCUAGGGUAAAGAUCAGGCAGGACGCCAGGUCAGACUAGUUAAUCACACCCCCUUUUUUGCAUCUUUCCUUUUGACCAUUUCUGGCAUAGUUGUUGAAGUUGUUCAUGCAGUGGAGGUGGCUAAUGGUUACACUGAUCUGUAGGCCUCUUGCGGAACUGCGUCAGGGAAUCUCUUAAGUAUAUGCAUUUCUUGAUGUUGACUUACACAGUUGGGUUGAAGUUGGCCAAAGUUCUUGAUGAAGACUCUUAGAGACAGGUUGGUGUUACAGUCUCGGAUGACUGUUUUUUCUACAAGUGUCUGGUGCUUUGCUCCCCUGGUGUUCCUUCCAACUCCUUUCUGGUCCCUCAUGUAUUGAGCCAUGUUCCUGCUCUAUGAUGGCCUGACAGGAGCUUCCAUCUUGGCCAUUGGCAGAUUUUCGAGCGGUACUUGGAUGGAACCGCUCCCCUCUGAGGAUCCUUCAGGAUCUGGACUGUACGGCCUUCGGUUAGCCAUUCAAGAAUCAAUCUAUCGCCGCGGGGCCAGAAGAUGGAGGAAGCUCUAUCGAGUCAACGGACACCUCUUCCAGGCCAAACGCUUUAACAGGAAAGCCUACUGUGGCCACUGUAGUGAAAGGAUAUGGGGGCUGGGCCGGCAGGGCUACAAGUGUAUCAACUGCAAACUGCUGGUCCAUAAGCGCUGUCAUAGACUCAUCCCCCAGACCUGCCAAAGGCUUAUGGAUCCAGUCAUGCCAUCACAGGAGCCCCCUUCAGAUGCCAGGAGUGAAGAGGUGGAUCUUCCACCGGAGGAGACAGAUGGGACAGUACCGUUUUUACCGCACAACUGCGCCGUGGAUAAAACCGAAGAUGCAGAUUCAGAGGACAUCAAAGAAGUUGUAGACGGCAUCGUCGGCAUCAAGCUGACCCAGGGCCUGGCUCUCGGGCUGGGAGACUUCGACCUGAUCAGGGUGAUUGGGCGCGGCAGCUACGCCAAAGUCCUGCUGGUUCGGCUAAAGAAGAACGAGCAGGUGUACGCCAUGAAGGUGGUGAAGAAGGAGCUCGUCCACGAUGAUGAGGAUAUCGACUGGGUGCAGACAGAGAAGCAUGUGUUUGAGCAGGCGUCCACCAACCCGUUCUUAGUUGGCCUCCACUCCUGUUUCCAGACAGAAAGUCGGUUAUUUCUGGUGAUUGAAUAUGUGAACGGCGGGGACUUGAUGUUUCAUAUGCAACGGCAAAGGAAGCUCCCUGAAGAACAUGCAAGAUUUUAUGCGGCCGAAAUCUGUAUCGCUCUGAACUUUCUUCAUGAAAAAGGAAUCAUCUACCGCGAUCUGAAGCUGGACAACGUUCUCCUGGACCACGAGGGACACAUCAAACUCACAGACUACGGCAUGUGCAAGGAGGGGAUCAGACCAGGUGACACCACCAGUACGUUCUGUGGAACUCCCAACUAUAUUGCACCUGAGAUUCUCAGAGGAGAGGAUUACGGCUUUAGCGUGGACUGGUGGGCUCUGGGCGUGCUGAUGUUUGAGAUGAUGGCUGGGAGGUCCCCAUUUGACAUUAUCACAGACAAUCCUGAUAUGAACACAGAGGAGUACCUCUUUCAAGUUAUUCUCGAGAAGCCCAUUCGCAUCCCAAGGUCUUUGUCGGUGAAAGCUGCCAGCGUGCUCAAGGGCUUUCUAAACAAGGAUCCUAAGGAGCGGCUCGGCUGCCAGGUCCAGACGGGCUUCACAGAUAUCAAGGCACACACAUUCUUCCGCAGUAUAGACUGGGACCUGCUGGAGAAGAAAGAAAUGAUGGCGCCCUACAAACCUCAGAUCUCCGACGAGUACGGCCUCGAGAAUUUUGACACGCAGUUUACUAAUGAACCAGUGCAGCUAACACCAGAUGACGAGGACAUCAUCAAGAGGAUAGACCAGUCAGAGUUUGAGGGAUUUGAAUACAUCAACCCCCUGCUGUUAUCGUCAGAGGAUUCUGUAUGAAUGAGGGACCGGCUUCCUCCUCUGCCCACCUACUGUCUGUCCAAGCUGCCGUCUUAGGCGAGAAAACUGUCGGAAAACCCCGAAAUGCAAAGAGGAGGGGGAGGAGCAAAGGACUGAGGACUUCUUUCUCUGAGGACUUCUGGAUCUGUCGAAAAGACAAACGAAAGUGGAGGAGGAGGAGGAGGAGGAGGUGAGAAUUUCCUUCCUGGACGAUUCCGGUUGUAUUGUUGGGACGCCAGGCUCUUCUCUCUUGGUAUCUGCGUAAAAACACAGAGACACUGGACUACAAGAACAACCUACCCCCCCUCCCUCCCCAUCGUUACGUUGUCUCUUUCUUUACCUGUUUCUUUUUUCCCCCUCCUUCAGCUUCAUUCUCCUCAGAAUGUCCUCCUCGUGUCAAAGCAUGACCGGCUUUGUAAUUUGAGAAAAAAACAAAACAAACAAACAAACAAAAAAAAAAACGAGAAAUGUUUCAUUCUGUGCCUGCCGUCAUGAACACAUUUCAACCUGUUUCACGUCUCUGGAUGAAUAUGACAGUUCUAAUGAAGAGCUUGAAAUCAUUUUACAUGCACUUUUGUUUUUUAAUCGUUAAUUUUGUUUUCUAUCUUGUAGAGGGGGCAGUACCUCACACAAAACAAGAAUGUACAAUGACAAAGGAAAAAAAAAAAAAAAUAAGUUAUUGCGUUAGGUAGUGAAUCCAGGUAGUAGGGGUGGCGGGGUGGGGUGGGGCGGGGUGGGGGGUAUUUAAAAAGUGCCUCAAAGAACAAAUUAAUUACCAUGUCUCUGAUUGCACUUAUCUCUUAUUAGACAUUUCUUCACUGAUCAGCAGCUGAAACUGAAAGGCCAAACUCCGUCCGAAAACCACACGAGCGUAGGGGGAUCAAUCUUUUUCCGGAGCCCUGCCACAAUCCUCGACACACGGCUGAACCCGUUCACUUUUAAUCAAUCAAUUCAAACAAUUAAUCACCGUAGAGUAGAUUGUUUAGGAUUGUCUGUAGAAUCACAAGAGCAGCGUCUAAAACCGGCACCAGAAACGACAGCGGUAAAGGUGGUGAGAGCCCAAAAAGCUUUUAAGUAGUGUGCGCUGCUUCUCCUGUGCCAAAGUCUCACCAGGUGGCGCUGUGCAGCAGGCAGCAUCCUGCAUUUCUGUUUCUAGCAUGUGGGCGUGUGAAGUUUUGCGGCGCACCGGUCGUAGUCGGGCAGCUUGAUUAACACGUGCUGCACGGAGUCGAAGCGCUCCAUCGGCUUCAGCUUCCACGGUGUGUGUGUGUGUGUGUGUGUGUGUGUGUGUGUGUGCAGGCUCUGGUCGUUGUAGGACACUCUGCAGUUGCUCAGAAGCACCGCGCUGACCCGUGUUACUGCCGCGUGGAAACAUAUCUCCAUAUUUCCAUUCUGUGCGUUUCAGUCUCUUUUCCUUCCACGGUGCGAUCUGUGCAGACACUAAAGCCAAGCCAACAGACAGCCGCUCCGAUACGCAUCAUCCGUUCUGUAUUUGGACUACACACCGAUCGGGCAUAACAUUAUGACCGCCUUCCUAAUAUCGUGCAGGUCUCCUUUGUGUAUCCAAAAACAGUUGUGACUCAUAAGAGAAUGGACAUGGACCUUCUGAGUUAGUGGGGGGGUCUUUGGGUCCUAUAGGUUGAAGGGAGGGGCCUCUGUGGAUCAACCCACAGAAUCUCAUCUGCACGAACCAAAAUGAUUUUUUUUCUCUGUGUUCCUUGGCGUCGUUUCGAGAAAUUCUCCGUAAACGUUGAUCCAUUGCAAAACCGCAUCCAGAGGCUGUAGUACAUGUCCCAGGCCUACGUGUGGCGCUGUUCGUGCUACAGAACUCGGACGGUGAAGAGAUGGAGUCCAUGGUCCAUGGAGAGCAUGGACAGGAUACAGUAUCUACAUGUCUAACUAACAUCCACAAAAACGAAUGCCAGGUCCAUAAGUUUCCCUGCAGAACAUCGAACUGUCACAAGAUGGUCGAUGUUAUUUACUUCUCCCGUCAGUGGUCAUAAUGUUGUGGCUGAUGGGUGUAACUACCACGUUAGCAUCAAAGAUACUAGCCAUAUUGUAGUAGUGUAGUAUUGACUUCAAAAACUGUCCAAUUAUGAUUUUAUCUUUUGGAUCUAAACUAGGACGUUGCUAGUGGAGUUAUUUUUAAAUAAAAGGUAUUAGUUAAGACGUCCACUAAGAGCUGCGUUAAAUAAAAACCGAGUUAAGGUGCGGAUAGGGGGGUGCUUUUUUUGAUAUUAGCAGUAGAAGCGUCAGCACUGAGAAAUUUGAGGUUGGGUUGUCAUGAUAGUAGACGUAGAGGAGCAGGGGAAAUUGCGCCAGCGCUGAUCGAGAGCUCGGUGAGUUUCCUACGCAGUGAAAGGCAGCACAACACACGGAGGCUCCGCUUUUUUUUUUUAUUAUUAUUAUCAUUAUUCAUCUAAACCAGAAAUGUCAUUCCAUCCUAUUUUCUGAUGCACGUUGGGUACAAAUAAAAUGAAAAAAAAAAAGAUGAGUUUCUUAGCAUAUAGUGAAGUUUUAUGCUUUUUCUAGUUCAUGCAACUUUCUACCCCGGACACCUUUUAUGCAAAGCUGGUUAUCUGUAACCCAGAAUCAAAGACGUGAGUGAGUAUCAAGCAGCAGCGGCAGCAGCAUCGUGGAUUAACGGCAGAAAGGGAGUUCUCUGCGCUCGCGACGAGGAAAAGACGAGCUGAAAGCGAUGAAAUCUCACCCCGUGCUAAUUUGAUAACCACAUAAAAGGAUUAAUUAGCUGAUCCCGAGUCAAAGGGUCUCAAUUAGCUGCGAGGCCUUUCGCAGGAACCGAUAGAGAGACGAGAGAUAUCGUGACGCACGCUCACGAAGAAAAGAGGCGAGAAAUCCCUCCCAACGUUUCGACGACGCUUCCUCCUCCACAACCCCCCGAACUCUGUUCAGCCACAAUUUCACUUCUGUUGCCCUUUUUACGAGAUGAUGCAUUAGUUGCAUUCGUCUUUCAUUUUUUUUUUUCUUGAGGGACCAAUGGAUCAACUGGGAGUCCUUUCAAACACCUAUUUAAAAAAAAAAUUUAAAAAAAGAAGACAAAGACCAUGGUUUCUGUUGUAACAUAACGCUGGUUGAAUCUGUUUUAACUCUGCUUCACUGCAUCUUUGUAAAUAUGUGUAAUUAUUAAAAAUGAUACUGUUUUCUGUGAA